GUUCCACCUCAUUAGGUGUUGGCAACAGAAACAUGAGGGCCCACAGCCUCUUUCUCCUGGUGGCCCUCCUGGCUUUGGGGAGCCAGCUGCCUGCUACCUUGGGCAGGAGGAAGGGAGAGAAAUCUGGGGGCUGCCCACCAGACGAUGGGCCCUGCAUCCUAUCGGUGCCUGAUCAGUGUGUGGAUGACAGCCAUUGUCCCUCGAGGAUGAAGUGCCGCCACAAAGCAUGCUUCCGCCAGUGUGUCCGUAAGGUUUUCGUUAAGAUGGGCAGCUGCCCCGAGGACCGACUGCGCUGCCUCAGCCCCGUGCAGCACCUGUGCUCCAAAGACUGGGACUGCCCAGGCCACAAACGGUGCUGCCUCAGUGCCUGCGGCCGGGACUGCAGAAACCCUCUCUGAGGCUAAUUCUGAUUUAGGAUCCAUAGCUCUGAACCUCAGGAUGGGAUUCCCUGCAGGAAGAUAUGAUGAUGGGGGGCCUGGAACCCAGCCACCAGAUAACACUCUCUGCCAGCGGCAAUUCUAACCUUCUGAUAAACACUGUUCUAGAAGAAUUUUCCAAACAUCAAUCUAUUCACAUACCCUUUUCACAA